AUGAAUGUGAAUUCAAUGGAUAAAAUUGAUGAACUCACUGAAUUGGUUAAUGAAUUUGUGGCUAGUAAAAAUAUUUUGUACAACCCGGAUGAAAGCAGCAGAUGUUUUUGCAUGAAAAAGUUCAAGAAUGGAAAUGUUCAAAUUUAUCUGAAUCGUUUUGGACAUGUAGGAGAUGUUCUUGGAUCUGGCAAAGGGAAAAAUUAUAUUCUUUUGGUGGAUGACCAGUUUCCGACGGCUGUUGAACUGGAUAAUUUUGGAUUCGAUGUGACGCAAAGUUCUAUUGAAGAGGAUUCUUUUUUUAAUCAACCUGGCAAUAUCGAAGCUACUGCUGCAUUUGAUCCAAACAAAAAUACCGAGAGGAUUUAUUCAACAACUCCAAUUGGUGUUUUUCCUUUCGUGACUACCUUCAAGCCGGAAGAUCCAACUCUUUCUGCAAGAGGAGCUUUCUCUUAUGCAGAAAUUACUGAACAGCCUUCUGCAAAGUUUUCGGUUCUUAUUACGGGUAACUGCUCGUUGGUGUUUAUUGAAUCUGUUUUAAAUGCUCAUACUUAUUUGUGUACACACGACAAAUGGUUUUUAAUGAGAAAAUUUAAGGCACACUUCUUGCCGGCUGCAACAAAGAAGGAUGGUCCUAGCGCAGGAGGCGCUAUUGCUAUGGCUUUCAUGAGCGUUCGUUUAAAUAAACCGGCUAAGCAAGAUAUUAUUGUUUUUGGAGAAUUAACACAGAAAGGCGUGCUUGUACCUGUCGGGGGAAUGCGCGAGAAGCUCAUGGCUGCCAGAAGAAAUGGAAUCAAAAUUAUAAUUUUCCCCAGUAUGAUGAAAGCAGAAUGGGAAGCUUUGUCACCCGAAGAAAAGGAAGGAUUUGAAGUGCAUUUUUGUUAUGAACUCAAGGAUGCAAUUAAUAUUGUUUUUCCAAAAGAUGAAGUCGAAGAGAGGGAGCGUCAAGAAUUUGUUGGUAAUGAAACUUGA